GUUCGCCUCAUUUUCUUCAGCAAUCUAUCUACCGCAAGAAGACCUACGGCACUUCGCAACACGACUGCUGUCAGUAUUGGUUGAAAUUGAGGGAAUACUUUGGCCAUGCUGUUUUUAAAAGCUGAACGAAUGUUUUUGGGCUUCGUCCUCUGUGUCUCAGGGGCUCUGGGAGCAGAGAGAAGCAUCUGCGUCCUGAAGGGUUCAUCCGUCAAUCUGACUUGCUUUGCCGAAGAUCCAGCCGCGCCCAAGAGCUGGUACUACCUCAAGGAAAACAAAACUCUGCGUGUAAUGAAAGAGAUUUCUGCGAUUUCUGCGAGUGUCACCUACAACGUAACUGAGGACGGGACUCUAACUAUCAGAGAUGUACACAAGAGUGAUGAGUACAGCUUCUGCUGCCGAGAAUCCUACGGGGAAUGCGUGGAGAACAGAACGAAGCUCCACGUCGCAGACCUCCAGGUAAAGGUGUUUCCUGCCUCAGAGGGACAGAAAGUGAGUCUGAUGUGCUCAAGCAGCUGUUCUCUGACUGAAAGCCCGGCAGCCUUCAUCUGGUACCAGAACGGAGAGUUCCUCUAUGAGGACUGGUCCCCCUGGUACCAAGAGCUGGUCAGCAGUGAUCAGGCAGUCAGAUACUCCUGUGCUAUCAAAGGCUACGAGGAUCUCAGAGCUCCUGACGUCUCAGUGGACUUCAUCCAUGCAGACUGUUUCGGUGUGACGUAUUCAAAAGCAGAAAUGUGUCCGGAGAAACUGAAAUCGGCCGAGGGGCCGUGCUCCAUCACGUACCCCAGAGACGUACGUGUUCAAAUGCUCGCUGAAAAGGAUUAUGUCACGCUGAUCUGUAACACCAGCUGCCCCGCCGCUGACGCUCACACCGCCUUUACUUGGUACUGGAACAGAAAGGCUUCCAUGGACUGCACCAGUCAGGACAUUAUGCUAUUUAAAUCUGACGACUAUGUCUCCUGCACUGUUAAAAACAAUGAAUAUAUGCACUCUGAUGAGAUCAGCACAAACUCCGGUAACGUGAAUUAUGUCAGCAGGAGCUUGUGCAUGCUGGAAGGAGCUUCGGUAAACAUUUCCAGCAAAUACACAGAGAGUCACUCAGCCCAUUCCGACUUGUUAUCGUGGUAUAAACUAAAGCGAGACAUGAAGGAGGAAGCUGACGCCACCAUGAUAGAAGCUGGAGGCCGGGUGGAGCACCACAACAUUAAUAAUUAUGAACACACGCUCACAAUCAACAACCUGAUGAAGGAUGACUCUGGUGAAUACAUGUUCACUCUCAAUAAGUAUCAGAAAUGUGAGCAGCCUGACCUGCUGGGAGCGAUCCUGGUGGUCACAGGUCUGAAGGUGACCGUGACUCCCUCUGACGUGGUGACAGAAGGUCAGAGAGUCACGCUGACCUGCAGCACCAGCUGCCCUCUGAGUGAGGAGACAACCUACAUGUGGUUCUUCAAUGAGCAACCGCUGAGCCUCAAUGGGGGCCACAACAAGCACGUUGUUCUAAACCCAGUCAGAAAACGGCAUGCGGGAAUCUACACCUGUGCGAUCAGAACCCCCCAGACCAUCAACUCGAGCGUGGAGAUUCUUACUGUCAGAGAAGGAGAUAAAACUGCGAUUGUAGCAAUGAACAUAACAAAACUGGUGUUUAUAUUGCUGUUUCUUCUUGUUGGAUGUAAGAAGUACCUGAUGCUGAGAAAACGAAAAACUGCAACUCGCACAGCCAAGCCGAGUGAAAAAGUGGAAAUGGAAGAGGUGACGCCCCAAUAUGAGAUACUCCCGUUUAUGGCCCGAUACCCUCGUACUGAAGGAGAGUAGGAAGACAAGACAGCAGGACAUUGCGUAACGACUUUACUUCAUGGGCUGCGGUAUUCGAGAUAAGCCCUGAAAAUAAUGUACAGAGGUCAUAAAAAAAAUGCAACUUUAGAUGCCAAAGAUAAAGCCUUUUCCGUCUAUAUCGCUUCUUGCUUAUGGGCCGGAUGUAACUUCUUUGUCUGGAGACACGUUCGAACGGCGAUGUUCAGAUCAAGAAAGAUGAUCGUAACCUUUCAUGAAACAGGAUUCCACGAACCGCUGCAAACUAAGUAGUAGAAAUAACAUCACAUUUACUGAGGUUUUGCAAACCCUCUGUUAAAAGUAUCUGAACAAUUGAGACUUAAAUAAUGGAGACAAUGUUUAUCUUCUGCCAUUUAACGUGGCAUUUCACUAAAGAAAAACAAAUAUGUCAGAAGAUAAAGAUUAAGAGAAAUGAAAAACACACAACAGCCUGAUUAAAUAGGUGUGCACACCCUUAAACAAGUACUUGUUUAAAGCACCUUUUAUUUCCGUUUUAGCCUUUAAUUUUUAAGUUCUCUUUGCAUCUCACAUCUUGACUUAGUCGUAUAUUCCUAAUCUAGCUUUCAAAGUUUUCUCCAUCUGAAAAAGAGUAACAUGAUAUCCUGUUCCUACCGGGCAUGCAGUGCCUUCGUGUUGUUUGAACUUUUGGUCAAGCGCUUCCAGUUUGGUUCCUCCAGACCGUAGCGCUUUCUUUUCCAACCUUUUCGGAAGAUUUUAGCUAAGUUUUCUUCGUUAGCAAAUAUUCCUGAAAUCGAACCCUUUUUCUCAGUCCAGACAUACAGAGCAGAUUGUUUUCACGUGUGGAAAUCAACCAGAGCUUGUUGGAAAUUGCUGCAGCCACUUUAGCCGCUUAGCAUGACAGUUGAUGUUUGACAUUUUUUUAUCAAUUCAGAAGGAAAAAAAUACAAAUAAAAAACGUUCAGUGUUUUUAAAAAAGAUUUUCUCCAGUUAUUGUUGAUUGUCUUCACUGUGGCAAAGUGUACAUAGUGGAUUGUUUUGUAUUCUUCUCCUGACUGAUACUUUUGUACAGUUAGAUAUUCUUAGCAUCUCCAUAGUAAACCACGGCUGCAUCAACAGAUGGCAAAUAUGAAAAUUUAAGGAAUUGAUGAAAAUUCAAUCAGGCUAUUUGGUCAAAAUGGUGCUUAAACAAAGCAUUCCCUCAGUUUUUAAAUCUCAAAACUCUUGAGUUUUAACAGGAUUGUGUAUGCUGAUGAAACCCAAAAAUAUAUUUCUUGUUAAAUUGUCCUUUAAAUAACUACUCUUGUGCUUAAUAACAUUGUUUUUAAGUAUUAACCUGUUUGAUAUCAACAGAUAUUUAACUUAGAACCAUUUUCAACCAUUUUGUAAGCAGUUUAUUGUAACCAUUCAUUUAAUUUGCCUUUGGUAUCAAUAAAGUAUUGUUGAGUUUCAA